CUCCAACUCAGGAAAUCAAAACUCAGCUCAAGAUUUCCAUUUCUUUCCCAUUCUUCAACUUUCUUUAAGCUUUUCGCCACCCGGGCCGCUCUUUAAAAUGGCACAAAAUGGUUCUUUGGAGAGUUUUUGCAAUGAUAAGAGCCGUGACCCGCUGAGUUGGGGAUUGGCUGCCGAGUCAAUGAAAGGGAGUCAUUUGGAUGAGGUGAAGAAGAUGAUUGCUGAAUAUAGAAACCCUGUGGUCAAGCUUGGCGGUGAAAGCUUGACUAUUGCUCAAGUUGCUGCUAUUGCUAGAGAUGAGGGUGUUAAAGUUGAACUCGCUGAGUCGUCUCGAGCUGGCGUUAAGGCGAGUAGCGACUGGGUUAUGGAUAGCAUGAGCAAAGGUACUGAUAGCUAUGGUGUCACUACUGGCUUUGGUGCUACUUCUCAUCGAAGAACUAAGCAAGGUGGCGCUUUACAAAAGGAACUCAUUAGAUUCUUGAAUGCUGGAAUAUUUGGCAAUGGAAAAGAAUUAGGUCACACAUUGCCACAUUCUACAACAAGAGCAGCAAUGCUAGUUAGAAUCAACACUCUUCUUCAAGGUUAUUCUGGCAUUAGAUUUGAAAUCUUGGAAGCAAUUACCAAGCUUCUCAACAACAACAUUACUCCAUGCUUGCCGCUCCGAGGUACAAUUACUGCUUCAGGGGAUUUGGUCCCAUUGUCCUACAUUGCUGGAUUGCUAACAGGCAGGCCUAAUUCUAAGGCUACUGGCUCUAAUGGUGAAUCCAUGAAUGCCGAAGAAGCGUUUCGCCGUGCCGGGAUCGAAUCAGGAUUCUUUGAGUUACAGCCUAAAGAAGGCCUUGCUCUAGUUAAUGGUACAGCAGUUGGUUCUGGCUUGGCUUCUACCGUACUUUUUGAGGCAAACAUUCUUGCUGUGUUGUCAGAAAUCUUAUCUGCAAUUUUUGCUGAAACUAUGAAUGGCAAGCCUGAGUUUACUGAUCACUUGACUCACAAGUUAAAGCAUCAUCCAGGUCAAAUUGAAGCUGCAGCUAUAAUGGAACACAUUUUAGAUGGCAGCUCUUAUGUAAAAGCUGGUAAGAAAUUGCAUGAAACGGACCCUCUGCAGAAACCAAAGCAAGAUCGAUAUGCUUUAAGAACUUCACCACAAUGGUUAGGUCCUCAGAUUGAAGUGAUUCGAUUUUCGACGAAGUCAAUCGAAAGAGAAAUUAAUUCGGUGAAUGAUAACCCUUUGAUUGAUGUAUCAAGGAACAAGGCCUUACAUGGUGGAAAUUUCCAGGGAACCCCAAUUGGUGUGUCGAUGGACAAUACGCGUUUAGCAAUAGCAGCAAUCGGAAAGUUGAUGUUUGCUCAAUUCAGUGAGCUUGUUAAUGAUUUCUACAACAAUGGGUUGCCAUCAAAUCUCACUGCUGGUAGAAAUCCAAGUCUUGAUUAUGGUUUCAAGGGAGCUGAAAUAGCAAUGGCUUCAUACUGUUCUGAGCUUCAGUUUCUUGCAAAUCCGGUCACGAGCCAUGUCCAGAGCGCAGAGCAGCAUAAUCAAGAUGUGAACUCAUUGGGACUCAUCUCAUCAAGAAAGACAGAAGAAUCUAUUGAUAUAUUGAAGCUCAUGUCUACAACUUUCUUAGUAGCACUCUGCCAAGCUAUUGAUUUGAGGCAUUUGGAGGAAAAUCUGAGGCAGGCAGUGAAAAACACGGUAAGCCAAGUCGCCAAGAGAAUCCUGACAACAGGUUCUAAUGGAGAACUUCACCCAUCGAGAUUCUGUGAGAAAGAUUUACUCAAAGUCGUCGAUCGCGAGUAUGUAUUUGCAUAUGCUGAUGAUCCUUGCAGUGCUACUUAUCCAUUGAUGGAAAAACUGAGGCAAGUUCUCGUCGAACACGCCUUGGCCAACGGUGAUAGUGAGAAAAAUGCUACCACUUCUGUGUUCCAAAAGAUUGCUGCUUUUGAAGAGGAACUCAAGAACCUUUUGCCUAAGGAAGUUGAGAGUGCAAGAACUGCAUAUGAGAGUGGAAAUUCCACAAUUGGUAAUAAAAUAAAGGAAUGCAGAUCUUAUCCAUUGUACAAGUUUGUAAGAGAGGAAUUAGGUACCGGAAUGCUGACCGGAGACAAAGUUCAGUCGCCUGGAGAGGAAUUCGACAAGGUAUUCACCGCAAUGUGCCAGGGGAAGAUUAUUGAUCCAAUGCUGGAUUGUCUGAAGGAAUGGAAUGGUGCUCCUCUUCCAAUUUGCUAAGUUUGUGUAUUAAUAUUUUUUGUUAUGUAAUUGCUUUGUUUUUCUUUUAAUCAUUUUAAAGAUUUGUUUUGUAAAUCCCUUCUAUGUACUUAAAACAGCUUGAUGGGAUUGUCUAUGUACUAAAGUUUGUAACGUAAAAAGUAUUGAAUGCAUUUCUUUCAAUCUUCAUUACAAA